AUGUUCAUAAUUGGAUUAUUAAUAUUAAUAUAGAUAACAAAUACAGAGAAUUCAUACUGUUCAUGUGAUAAUGGAUUAGAAAAUGGAAUAUAUUGUUUUAAAACCAUUUAAAAUUGUUUAGAUUGUUCAAAUUAUAUAGUGAAUGAAUAAGAUAUAUGUACAAGUGUAACUACUUGUGAUUAAACAACAUAAUAAUAAAAAGAUUGUAAAACAUGUAUUGAUAAUUAUUUAUUAUCAAAUGGAUAAUGUUGGUAGAAAAUAUUAUAUUGUUCACUUUAAAUAGAUGCUACAUGUUAGAAAUGUUAGGAUAAAUAUUUAUUGAAAAAUUAAGAUGAUAAAACACAGAUAUGUAUUAAUAGCAAUGAAAUAUUGAAUUGUAAAUAUUAUUUAUAAAAUGGAAAAUGUAAUAAAUGUGAUAAUAAUUAUCAUGUAUCUAUAAAUUCAACUAUAUGUUAUUAAGAUAUUAAAUAUUGUGAUAUACAUUUAGAUGAUAAAUGUACAUCUUGUAUUACUGGAUAUUCAAAACAUACAAAUUCAACAUUUUGUUUCCCUGAUAUUUUGAAUUGUUAAAUUACAUAAACAUUUUAUAUAGAUGAAACAUAAAAGACAUAUUGUAAUAAAUGUAAUGAUGGUUAUUAAUCUACUGAAAAUAAAUAAUGUUCAUUAGAUGAUAAAAAUUGUCUUUUAUUUAAUUAAGAUUUAACAAUAUGUUUGAAAUGUUUAAAUGAUUACAUUCUAAUUGGUAAAAAAUGUGAAUUUUGUCCCAUCAAAUUUUGUAGUACUUGUGGAGAUUCAUAAAUAUUUAAGAAAAUCUGUUCAUAAUGUUAAUCUGGUUAUGUCAAAGGAUCUAAUGCUCUAUCAUGUAUAGGUUAAUGUGAAAGUUAAACUUCUACAAUGACUAAUUGUGUUAGUUGUUCAAAUUCUACAUGUUCUAAAUGUUCAGAUGGUUAUUUCAUUAAUCCCUAAGGCAAAUGUACUGCAUGUUCAGCUAAGUAUGCUAGUUGUGAAUAAUGCAUUAUUAAUAAAUGUACAAGUUGUUCAAAUAAUUAUUAUUAUGAUAAUAGUAAAUAAUAUUGUUUUCUAUGUUCAACUUUUAAUACUGGUUGUUAAACAUGUUUAAAUACAAUGUAAAUAGGAACAACUAAUAAUAUAAUAUGUUAAAAAUGUGAAUCUGGAUAUGUAUUAACUAGCACUUAAUAAUGUACUAAAUGUGGAUAAUUAUUUGAAAAUUGUGAUACUUGUAUUAAUUUAGGUAAUAAUUUUUAAUGCAAUACUUGUUUGCCAGGUUAUUUAAAAUUGACUGAUACAUCAGAAUCUACUAUUAAUCCUACCUAUUAUUGUUUAGAUUGUUCUGGAUCUAUUAUUAAUUUAUUAAAUUGUUAUAAAUGUGAAGUGUAAUCUGAUACUUCAAUAACUAAUUAAUAUAUUUGUAAAUUAUGCAAAGAUGGCUAUUAUUUAGAAGAAUAAUCUUGUCUAAAAUGUCCAAAUACUUGUACAUAAUGUACUUCUCUUACAACAUGUACAAAAUGUUAAACUUCAUUAAUUUUAAACAAUGGUUAAUGUACAGAUGAUACAACGUCCUUUUAACUUACAUCAUCAGCAAAUUCUAAUGAUGCAUUGGCAUAUGGAAAUAUACUUAUUUCUAAGUCAAGUUUAGGACCAUUCCCAUUUAUAGGUACUCUUAAUUCAAAAGGAUUCUUCUGUCAAAGUGAUAAAUAAUGCAAUAUGUAUGGAAAAUGUCUAUUGAUAUCUUGUAAAUGCAUUUAAAAUAUAUCUGGAAGUAGAUGUUAAUUCACAACAACAUCUGAUUUUAUUAAAUUAUAAACUGAAUUAUUAACAUAUUUGAAUACCUAAACUAUUUAUGAUCCUAUUUUUGUUGAUAUUAUUUAAUUGAUAUCAGAUACAACUUAUGCAGUAACUGAAAGCAAUAUUAAAUCAUUUCAAUAAGCAUUAGAAAAACUAAUUGCAUUAAAAUUUGAUCUUAAAUAUUUUACAACCAUUGGAGCUAUCUCUAAAAAUUUAUUUAACCAAGAAAAUAUUGCAUCUUAGAAAUUAAAUAAUUUAGAUAAUUCAUUAUUUAAUUCUAUAUUAAAAUAAUCUGAAUCUAUUAUGAUUUCUGAAAUAUAGAAUACUUAAGGACCAUUUCAUAAAUAAAUUAUAGGAAAAUUUGAUCUAUUUAGUGAUGAUUCAUAUUCAACAUUUAAAUAUAAUUUUGUUAAAUCUUAUGGUACCUGUGAUAAUGAUAAAAAAUUAUUAACUCCAUAAAUUUAUUUUACAGAAGAAAAUCUUGCUGAAAUUAAAAUUCUAUAAUCUGAUGCAUAAACUCCUCUUAUUUUCAAUUAAAUGCAUCUUUACUAUUAAAAUCAUAGAUCAUCAGGAUAGACUAUCAAUUCUACUAUUUCAAGAAUCUAAUUAAUUAAAUCUGGAAAAAUAUUACCAGUAAGUGGAAUGAAUAUGGUUAUUGUUGUUCCAAAAAAUGACUAAUAUUAUGCUGAUCUAAAUGAAAAUAAUGUAUGUGUAUAAUGGAAUGAAGAUAAAUAAAUUUGGGAAAAUACUAAAGCUACAUUAUUAAAAUGUAAAUAUUACACUGUUUGUUAAGUAAAUAAUUUAGGUGAUUUUGGUACUUAUGUUUAACUUGUUAGAAAUGUUACAAAUAAUUCAUCUGGUUUAUCAAGUAUCUUUGAAAUUCCAUAAGAAUUUAAAUUUGUCAAAACUGUAUAAAAUAGUGCCUUUGCUAUUUCCAUGACUUUAAUAGGAUUAUUUUUAACCUUUCUUACUUUAUUAUGCAUUUUAUAUAAGAGACCAAUUAAAAAAAAAAAGUAAAAGAAAUAUUCCGACAUCUAUGAAACUGUGUAAACUGGUAAUGUUUUAGUUCAGAAUCCAUUGAAUUAAGUAAAAACUAGAAAAAAAUCAAAAAAUUUUUGGAGUGUUUAUCCAAUUAAUGCCAUUUUUACAGCAUCUUCUCUAGAAUUCUCUUUAUAAAAGUUAUCACUUUAUAUAAUCUAAAUUUAGAUGUAUGUAACCUUUACUUCCGUAUAUUUAUCAUCCUUACCAUUUAAAUUUGGAAUGUUAACAGCCUAUUAUUUAUUAGUAAUUAUAUAAACUUGGAUUUGUAAUUAUUUAUAUGGAGGAUUGGCUUUAGCAUUCAGAAAAAAGAGAAAAGGAACAGUAUUUGGAUUUUAUUGGAUACUAUGGGUUAUUUUAUUUUUAGGGAAUAUGAUAAUAGGAAUUUGGUAAAUGUAUGGACUAGAAUUUAAGUUUGAUAUGUAUUUGUUGGUUGGUGUGUUAAUAGAAUUUAUUUUAGAUUCUAUAUUUUGUGAUUUAUUCUUAACUUAUUUGUAUUAGAGCUUAUUUAUAAAUGAAGUUGUUGGAAUAUUCAAGAUCAUAAAAUUUAAAGGAUAUUAUGAAUAAUGA